GCAGGCAAACCUUGCGACGACGGCAAUAGGUGGGAGAAGGAGAUGGGAAGAGGAGACUGGAAAAGUAAAGGGGGAGGGAGGCAGUGGUGAUUGUGGUGCACUAGCGAUGGGGAAAGGGUCAGGCGGCGAGGCCCGGCGUGGAAGGCGGGAAGAGUGACAGCAGUGUGCGUGGAGCAGAGGAGGGUGGUGAUGGGGCAGGUACGCACAAGCAUCGCAAGAGGUAUUUCUCUCGGAGUGCGGAAGUGGAUCGGGGGCGAACAAGGCGGUGACGGCAGAAGGCGGGCGCGAACGCCUGUGGUGGAGGGGAAAUUAGUGAAGCGGCAGGAGGAGUUGUUUGUAAUACAGUAGUCGGAUAGAGAGGGACGAGAGAGGAGGUUCGGGGCGUGUGUUAUCGAUUGUCCUGUGGGAUCGAAGGCAAACAGUUCAGUGACGGUGGGAGCUGGAGGAAGGGAGGAGAGCGACGGGGGAGGAAGAGGAGAUUGUUGGUCGCUAGUGGAGAGGAAGGGACGAGCAAGGAGGUACGGGGGUUGUAGACGGUAAAAGCGGCAGGGAUGUAAGGGGAGUAGUUUGUUGAUGUAGCGGGCAAUCACUAGGACGGGAGAAGGCGGCGUAUGUCGUUGGACACGUUUCCAUGUGGAUAGCGGGUGACUAAUUGGUAACCGUGGGAGGAGAAGCGAAUGCUUUGUGGCGGGUAGUGGAAGAGUAAAACUAGAGGCAGACGGCGGUUGUGACGUAGGGACAGAAACUGACGGAAAGUAGGUUUGGGAGUGUGGUUUUAAGUAUGCUGGUAGAUCGAAGGCAAUCAACCUAGUGGCGGCAAUAAUUGGGCGCAUAGCUGUGGGAAAGGAGGAGAAGAGUAUAGGGUACCGAGUAGGUGAUUAUCGUACCGUGUGCGUGAUUGCAUCAGCCAGGGAAGGUUUGCACGUGACUAGGGUUUCGUCGAGGGCAGUAGGACGAUAGAGGUGAGUGAGAAGACGGAAGAAAUAUCUUCCUCUGUUGCUACGUUUUGACUUCCGCGCCGAGUCUUACUUUAAUCUUUAGGGGCGUUCCGGUUUACGGAGUGAGGACGUGAAUCGGAGAGAAAGUGUAAGGUGGGCUGGGUUGUUUUGACUUGUCUAUUUCUGUGUCGUUGUGGAGAUGGCUAGUAGCGCGCCGCCUUCCGGGGGGGGCGGGUUCGAUAUACAGCGUUUUUUCGGAAGGCAGCAGAUGGGCGGUGGUAAGCCGUCAAUGUCUGCGCCGGCGAACUUCGCUACAAUGCAGGGGGGAAUGCAACCGCAGCAGUUGUCGUCGACUUCGGCGCCGCCGCAAACGAUGGGGCGGCAUGCACACGAAUCGGCUCCAGCUGGACCAUCCCAACCGCAGCCGGGCAUGAAUUCUCAUUUCUUCUUGCAUCAUGAUUACGCUCCUCCUCCACCUCCUCCAACACAGGCGCCAAGUGGAGGGUCUGCAUCUUACAGUGGGCCUCAAGCGAAUGCACCGCUGCCUCUUCCCCCAGGACCGUACAGCAGCAGCGCGCCCGCGGUACUCGGGCAUAUGCCACAGCAGCAGCAGCAGCAGCAGCAGCAGCAGCAAGGGCAGCAACAACUGUCGGGUCUGUCUCCCGAAGGGCAGCGACAGGGGCAACAGCAGCAACAGCAGAGUCAAGGUCAGCCGCAGGCAGUUCAGCAGUCUCAAGUGGGCGGUAGGGGCUCCAGUGGUUCCUCUGCUGCGGCGACGCUCGACGGGGCGUUGUUGAUGCGAAUACUCACGUCUCAGAGUUCAAUCGAUCGCUCGCAUGGCGCCGGGCCGACGAGUAUGAUGAACGUGGCUACGCCAUCGUCGCAAUCGAUGCCUCCAGCUGCGGCAGCUGCCCAGACCGGGUCGAAGGGGGGAGAGGGAACAUCCACGUCAUCAUCAUCCUGUCUUCAGCUGCAGCAUCAGCAACAGCAGCAGCCGUCACUGUCGUUGUCGUUGGGCACAAGCGGAGCGGGAGGGGGGGAAGACGAAAGCCGUCGAGGUGAUGUUGCGGGGCCACCGUCUUCGGGAACAGCCGGGAUCUCGGCUGCGAGUCUGCAGCAGUCAGUCAUGGCAGGCGAAGACGCUACAGCAACGGGACCCGGAGACGGAGGGGGACCGUCCGGGGUGGAGGGAUCGAUAUGUGGAAUGGGAAGCGGAGCGGUCGCGUCGGCGUCGCCGUCUGUUCUGAAUUCCGCGCCGCUGCUCCCGACGAGUUUGUCAAGGGUGGGGAGAAAGGCUAUGGGCAGGGUACUGACAGGAACGCACGUGCAGUUUGACAUCGAUCGUAGGCAACCGGGAGAGGCGCAGCCGCAGCUCGAGGUUUCCCCGAUCACCGUUUACGGCUCGGAGUACGUGUUGGCGCUGGGAAGACAUAUUGCCGUGAACAAGAAUUACAUAUGUUAUGGGCUUCGGCAGGGGACUAUCAGGAUUUUGAACAUAAACACGGCGCUGAGAGCACUUUUGCGGGGGCACACGCAGAGAGUGACAGAUCUAGCAUUUUUCGCGGAGGACGUGCACCUUCUUGCCAGUGCGGGGGCAGACGGCCGGGUAUUUGUGCGGAGGAUUGAAGAGGUAAGCGAAGAGGGGAUGGGGCAGAUAGUUGAGCAAGUGAUCGCGGGUCUUCAUUUCACAGGAGCGGUGGAGUUCCACAAUUUGCGCGUGGCGUGGCAUCGUCAUCAGCAGGACGUUUUGAUGGUCGCAGUAGGCUGCUAUCUCUGCUACGUGGAAGCUGGUCGGGUGGCUAUGGGGUCUUCGCCGGGGGGUGUUGUUGAGGUUGACGUAAGACAACCGCCUGAUGGGGUCUUCGUGAUGGGCGGUCACUCUGGAGACAUCAUGGAUGUUGUGGUGUCGGUUUCCGGCGACUUAACGGCCACGUCCGCUAAGGAUGGCCAGGUGCGGAUCUGGGAUGUGGAUCGACGUGCGGUUGCUGUCUUGACCCCUCAUGCGGGUCUUCCUGUCAGCGGGGUUGCGUUCCUUGCCCCGCAGGACAGACCUGCCAGCACCGCGCUCAUAACGGGCGGCCCGUUGAACCGAGAAAUCAAGCUCUGGGUCCCCGUGAGUUCGGAUCCGUCAGACAAUUACCGAUGUGUUCAGACGCUGGAGCUGACGUCUUCUUCUUCAGAGGACGUCGAGAAGGCUUUCUUCAAUCAAAUCGCCGUUCUACCCAAAGUAGGACUUGUCCUUCUUGCGAACGCAAAGAGGAACGCCAUCUACGCCGUCCGCGUAGACUACGGGGAAUGGCCGAUGGACGGCGAGAUGCGCAUGACCUACUUAGCAGAGUUCUGUGUGACCAUGCCUAUUCUGAGCUUCACCGCCUCCAGCGAUGGAUACGAGGGAGGCGAGGGGCAGGUGCAGAUCUAUUGUGUACAGACGCAAGCGAUUCAACAAUACGCUCUGGACUUAUGCCAGUGCCAGCCGAACGAGUCCAGACCGGCGCCAUUGGGUUUGGCCGUCACUGCUCCUCCCUUGGUUCCCGUGGUCCCGAUACCGUCCAUCGCAGUGCCGUCCCUUGUGGCGAUGCUUCCGAACCAGAGGCAGUUCCAAGUCACGGACAUGAAGUCUUCCGUGCAGAUGAGUCAGCCUCUGGUUGCAUCUGCUGGCAAACCCUCGCCCUCUGCGCCAGUCCCUUACGAGGCGACGGCUCUCGAGGGCUCAGCGGUUGGCGGAGCGCAGGAAGUGGUGGGGAGGGUGCCGAUGCUGUCCGAGCUUGAGUCUGUGUUUGCUAGAUCGAGCAAGGAAGACAGAAGUGGGGAGAAGGUAGGAGGAGGAGAAAGCCGGGAAGUUGUUGGCAUGCGGGGUAUGGAUGGGGAUGACGUCAACGAGGUGGUGGAGCAGAUGGCAGGCCGGAGAGGCGAUAGGGAGCUAGAAAGGCUGGAGGAGAAAGUGGGACGCGCUCGCUCAAGAAGUCCGCGACGCUCGAGAAGUCCUGUCAGCCGGAGGAUCACGGUGAAAGAUGUGAUUGACAAUCUUGGUGUUGGCGGCGGCGGCGACGAGGAUGCCAGGUCGUUUGGGGCUUUUGUCACCGGCCCGAGCCCUCCGCCCGUGAUGGAGCCCGGAUUUGAACCGACGGCGCCCCCGGCUCAUCUGUUAACGCCCUCGGAGCUGAUGAACAUGGUCGCGCGCUCGGUUCAACACAGCGAGGCUUCACGGAAGCCUGCAAACAGAAUGCAAGAUGGCGAUCUUGCGGAGGGGGGGGGGGCAUCCGGUCUUGCAGGCUCGGCGAGGGGGGGCCUGAAAGUUACUCCGGGCGGCAAAGCGGAGGUCCUUCCUUCGACGGGGAAGGAAGAAACGGAGGACGUGCUGAAGAAUGCCAAAGGCGGUCCCGGGAGUGCUGGAGCGGGAGGGGGAGGAGGAGGAGGAGGAGGAGGAGGUGCGUCUCUAGGUCAGACCGAAAUCAUUGGGCAGCGAGGAGCGAAGGAGAGAGAGGUGGCAGUUGAUGCUGAUAGAGUAUUGCGGCCUGAUUGGAAGAGUGGGCGAAAGGUAGCCAUAAAGGGGGGUAUGGAGGAGGCGAGUUCCGUGUCGAAAGAUGCGAAGGAACGUGAGAGCGGGAGCAAACGAACUCUGGAGAAUGGGGAAUCGCUGGAGGUGACCGGAGGAGGACAAAUGGCUGCUGCGGCCGAUGGCAACAACCAAGCUAGUGCUGCGGUAAUGCGGGAAAGCACCAGCGUGGAGAAACAACGGGAUGUGACCGCUGGCGAUGGCCGCGAGGCAGGAGUUGAGCAAGGGUACGUGUCUAUCAGAGAGGUGGACGCUGCCUUGUCAGCUUCGGCUUGUGCGCCGCCGGAUCUGGAUCUGGGGUCCUUUGCUUCGCGAGAUGACGUCGAUGCUCCUAAGAGGUGGCACGGCAAGAAGGCUGUUUCGUCGAUGAGUUCAGGAGGCGGCGGUGGUGGUGGCAAACACCAAGCGAGUGCAGCGGCACUUUCUCAGCCUCACUCUGCCUCGCCGUUUUUGUCUUCCGACUCGUCGUCGGAAUCGUCCGCUCAGGCGGCGGAGAUGGCGAAGGCUUUGGCGGCGGGAACCUCCGCUUCCAGCGGCGGGCUUUCGGGUGCGGCGGCGGCUGCGUCCGUGCAGUGCGCGAUGCCAGGGCGGAUGGCUUCGCCGCCGCCUUCGCAGGCGACUGCAGCGUUCUCGUGCGGGGCUGGAAUACCGUUGCCGUCGUCUUCCAUGGAGCACUCUUCUGGCGCGUCCUCGUUGAUGGGGACUCGUCACGCGGUACAGGACUCCUCCUUGCCUGCCCACAGCUUGCGCGGCUCAUCGGAAGAGGUUGCUCUCACCAAAGCGCUCCCGACGAUGGUUGCCGUCAGCAUGGCAGGCGAUGCGCUUCUCGCCCAGAUGAAGCAGAUGCAAGAGUCCAUGCAGGCUCUCGUCGACGCGCAGAAGGAGAUUGCGAGGCAGCUGCCUCAGCAAGUGGCAACGGCUGUGUCCAAGGAGGGGAAGAGGAUCGAAGUGGCCCUCGGGCAGAGGAUGGAGAAGGUGAUCAAGGCGAACGCGGACGCACAGUACGCACGCAUUCAGGAGGAGACGGUGAAGCGAGAGAAAAUGGAAACCGAGAAGGUGCAAAAGAUAACCGCUGCUCUGACACAAGCAAUAAGUCGAGACAUUCCCAUUGGUUUGGAGAAGUCUCUGAAGAAGGAGUUCGCUGCCUUGGGCCCUGCUGUAGCGAAACAGUUGCUGCCUCCGCUUUCAGAUGUUUUCCAGAAGUUUGUGAUGGAUAAGGUGGCUCCUCAGAUGGACAAGGCGUUGUCAGUGAAGCUAGAGUCGGUCCUCGUCAAGCAGAUGCAGACUCUGCAGCUGCAGACGCAAGGGCAGAUGCAGACGAUUGUUAAGCAGGCUUUGCAGGAUUCCAUGCGCUCACACUUCCAGCAAACGGUGAUCCCUUCGUUUGAAACAGCGUGCAAAACGAUGUUUGAGCAAAUGGACCAGGCCUUCCGCACUGGCAUGCAGGAACACACCUCUCAUGCUCAGCAGCAGCUUGCGUCGUCGCACACGGCUCUGGCGUCGACUCUUCAGGAGACUGUCGCAAAUGCGAGUGCUCUGACGACCACCUUGAGAACCGACAUUGCGGAUUCCCAUCGGAAGUUGCUGACGAUGCUGGAGACGGCAAGUUCUAGGGUGAUGGGCAUGCCGAAGCAGAGCAAUGGAGGCCUGCCCGACAAGGUUUUGUCUCUGCAGCUCGUCGAGGAGUCGUUGGAUCCGACGAUAGAGUUAUCUCGGCUAGUGGCGGAACGCAAGUACGAGGACGCCUUCAACAAGGCGCUCAGUCAGAGUAACGUUGCGGUGGUUUCUUGGCUUUGCUCCCAGAUUGACGCGUCGGCGCUCUUCGGAAUCCAACCCUUACCUUUGAGCCAAGGCGUGUUGUUGGCUCUUGUGCAACAGCUUGGCUGCGACUUGAAGAAUGACACGGCAAGGAAAUUGGUAUGGAUUCAGCAGGCGGCGCUUGCACUCAAUCCGCAGGAUCCUCUGCUUGCUCGUCACAUGAGAGGAAUCUUAGAACAGCUUUAUCAGCACCUCCAUCAACAGGUGCCGUUGUUGAAUAACAAUGCAGAUAUGGCAGGCAAGCUGCGGCUGGUGAUCCAUCUCGUGAACUCGCUACUCGUGUCCUGUAAGUAAAACGUUCGUUGAUUGAUUGUGACGGUGGUCUACUGAUUGGGGGGUGGGGGGUGGGGGGGAGGAAUUUCAACGCCAUGGAGUGCGUCGAACUUUGACUCCUUGUCUCUUGUAAGUACGUCGAUAGGGCGGGUGGUUGGUGGGUGGGUGGGUGGGGAGUUGGGGGAUUGAGGAAUGUGAUUGACGUGAACUCCCCCCUCUUCGUCUCUCAUGUAAGUAAGUUAGUUUGGUGGUGGUUUUCUGAACGAGGGAUUAUUGCUUGCGACACGGAGGUUGUUGCCGACCUACUGCUCUAUUAUAGCUGCAGAGGGAUUUCAUUCACCAAC